UAAGUUUACAAUUUUCACCUAAUUAGUAUGAUGUUUUUUUAUAAAUCUUUUUUCCUCUAAAGAACUAAUACAGUGUAUUUUUAACUCUAAUUUCGAACGCAGUCGCUUCACACAGAACAUAUCCAUACCCUUAGGUUAUGUUCUGUGCUGGAAUGCCAAGAAAUCUAUGGCCUAUAUGCAAUUUAUAUUGUGGUACUUUGCACAAAUCAGAACCUAUAGAGCCCGGCAAUACUUGAAUUUUGAUAAUUGUUACAUGCAUCAAGCCUGUUAACUAUACUACAAUUAAAGAGAUAAUCUGUGAAAAUUGGAAAAUUUAGUCAAGAUUAAGUAAUUACCGUUUUUAAUGUCGUUACACAGAACACAAAAAAGGCGACACUAGCGCCAAGCUGGAACAACUUUGUAUGUGCGGUUUGUUAUAUGCUCUAGUAUUGUGCAGUUAAUUUAUCAAACAUCGUUUAUUAAGAUUUGUUAAUGUAUUGAUAAAUAUAGUUCAUUGUUAUUAAUCUGAGUGAAGUUGAAUUAACAGCUUUCUACUUUGGAUACUAAAUUUCAAAUAGUUGAAAAUCAACAGCAUAAUAUUUGUCUGAUUUUGGUUAACCUUAAAUAACAACACGUGUUCCGGCAAUAAGCUUGAGAAAGCAUGGAAGAUACUCUUAAAACUAAAAAGAAAAAAUCUAAAGAAUUGGAUGUAAGCAAAGUACAAACAGAAAACCAUUUCUCACUCAAGUCAUCGGAUAAAUUACCUAAGCUUGAUGCUUCAAAUUGGCCUCUUUUAUUGAAGCAUUUUGAUCGUUUAAAUGUAAGGACUAAUCAUUACGUUCCAAUAACAUCUGGAUCAUCUCCAUUGAAGAGAGACAUUUCAGAAUAUGUAAAAUCUGGAUUUAUUAAUCUUGAUAAACCAAGUAAUCCCAGCAGUCAUGAAGUAGUUGCUUGGAUCAAAAGAAUUUUACGAGUAGAAAAAACUGGACACUCUGGAACCCUUGAUCCAAAAACCACGGGUUGUCUUAUUGUUUGUAUUGAAAGAGCAACCCGUUUGGUUAAAUCCCAACAAGCCGCAGGUAAAGAGUAUGUAUCAGUUUUCAAGCUUCAUUCAGCAGUAGAGUUCAAGAAAGUGGUUCAAUCUCUUGAAAAGCUCAAAGGUGCAUUGUUUCAAAGGCCACCUUUAAUAUCUGCUGUUAAAAGACAGUUAAGAGUUAGAACUGUGUAUGAUAGUAAAUUACUGGAUUAUGAUGAAACUAGAAAUAUGGGCGUUUUCUGGGUAAAAUGUGAAGCAGGCUCUUAUAUCCGUACUAUGUGUGUUCAUUUAGGAUUAUUAUCUGGUGCAGGAGGACAAAUGUUGGAAUUAAGACGAGUAAGAUCAGGAAUACAGGGAGAAAUGGAUGACACAGCUACAUUACAUGAUAUCUUAGAUGCACAGUGGUUAUUAGAUAAUCACAAAGAUGAAUCUUACCUUAGAAGAGUUAUUAAACCAUUAGAAGGUUUAUUAGUGCAACACAAAAGAAUAAUCAUGAAAGAUAGUUCUGUAAAUGCAGUGUGUUAUGGUGCUAAAAUUUUAAUUCCUGGUAUACUUCGAUUUGAAGAUGGGAUUGAAUUGAAUGAAGAAAUAGUUAUAGUGACAACUAAAGGUGAAGCUGUAGCAUUAGCUAUAGCUUUAAUGACCACAUCAACAAUAGCCAGUUGUUCUCAUGGUGUGGCUGCCAAAAUAAAAAGGGUAAUUAUGGAAAGAGACUUAUAUCCAAGAAAAUGGGGUUUAGGACCAAGAGCUAGCCAAAAGAAAAUUCUUAUUGCAAAAGGUCAAUUGGAUAAACAUGGAAAGCCUAAUGAAAAUACACCAAAAGAGUGGUUGAAUAGUUUUGUAGAUUAUUCUGUACCUAAAGAAGUCCAUGAUGAAGCAAAUACUGAAGAGCAGAAAAAACGCAAAUUAAGUAUUUCAUCAAUCAAUACAUCGUUGGAGAAUGUUGAAGAAAAAACCGAAAAAAAGAAAAAGAAGAAGAAAAAAGAUAAAGAAGAGACAUCAGAACCAGUGGCUGAACCUGAGUCAGAAGACGCACUAAAAAAGAAGAAAAAGAAAGGAGAUGAAAGUAUUGCAUCCCAAUAAAUACAAGUGAUUUCUAAUAAACUCAAUAUCAACUUGCAUUUUUUUUUCAAUAUUUGUCAAGCCAACUACUACUAAAGCUGAAGAACAUGGAGAAGUGACAAGAUAUAAAAAUAUUUUUCUUUCCAAAAGUUUUUAUUUUCAGUGUCUUAAUUUUUUAAAUUUCAGUUAAGAUGAAUUUUCAUCAAUACAUUCCUUGAACAUUUUAGAAUAUUCUUCUCCCCUACUUAAUAUUUAGAUUACUUCAUGUCUUAAUACUAAAAGUUUUGGUUUUGAUGAAAAGAAACAUUUUUUUUAAUUAAUAAGUUAACACUAAAUCUUUAUUUUUAAUCAGGUAGGGUUCAACACAAUUUGGACUAGUGGAAAUCUGUAAAUAUUUUUUAAAGAUACUGUAAGAACUUAUAUAACUUGUUUAUGUAUAAUUUUAGAUAAUAAACUGUUGUUUCCCAAA